CGAUAAUUCCGCGACACACUGGUGCGCUGUGCUGUUCGUGUACAUUUUAAUUGAAAUUGGUGAAAAUUGUUACAAAACCAGCAGGAAAAUAUGUGAAAAUUAAUAAUACUGGCAUUUUCACACUCCAACUGGGCGUGCAGGACUGUUUUUGCACAGCCAGAUACACAGAAAAUAGCUGAAAACAACUGAAAUAACAAAGGCGUAUACGACGAAACGAAGGCAAUAGACGCUCGCUCGCCUCUGUUCGUCUCCGAUAGUUGUGUAUAUAUUUAAAAUUGUAACUAGUUAGUUGUACGCAGGUGAAUUCAGUUAAGUAACUGAAGCGCUGACGAAGAAAUAAAGCCAACGCGAAGCGAGCUGACAGCGAAAAAAGCGAACAGAAGUACAGUGAAAAAUUUUCGAUUGUCGGCAGCGAACGGUGGUGAAGAAGAAGCAGCAGCACAAAGUGGAAACGGUGAUACUGCAUCUGUAUGUGUGCGUGUGUGUAUGUGAGAGAGUGGUGGAAUAUAAACAAAAUAUAAGAAAAAACCAUCUUGCAAUAAAGAACAAUUGAUUAGGCUGCUGAACAAAAAGAAAAUGUCACAUUUGCCUUUGGAUGCACGGGCUAUACUGCAGCAUUUAAAUGAAUUGGGCUAUAGGAAUAUAUCCGCCGAGCAACUACGUGAAUUUCUAAAAGCUAAUCUGCGCCUGAAGGUAUGCAACCGCAGUCGGAUAAGCAAACCGCUAGCAGACUCGCACCAACAACACCAACCACAGCAGCAGCAGCAGCCACUACUGAGCGGCCCAAAGUAAAGGUCAUCAAGAGCAAGCGUCCACUUUGCCAUUUCAAGUUCUAUUUGGACAUUUGCGACCAUCAGCUAGCAAAGCGAAUAGAGGCGGACAUCAAGGCACUUGGCGGCAAUCUUGAGUUCUUUCUCAGUGACAGCAUCACACAUUUUGUCACCGACAAGCCAGAGGCGAGUCUUCCGGGCACCCCCCAACCACCCAAAACACCUGCCACACCAGCCACCCCUGGUACACCCGGCACAGGCGGGAACAGCCACCUCUGUCAGGAUGAUGGCCAGCAUCAAAGGAAAAGCAAUAGGCAAUCCCGUGCCGAUGCCAUUUUGAGUCGUGUGCGGCGACAACAAAGCACCGGUAGCACAGCGGUUGGGGUGGGUCCUGCCACACCAACAUCGUCCAACGCCUGCAACACAAGCAGAUCCUACACCAUCUGGCAGACGGAUCACGCCCAACGCUUCUUCAAGCGCAUCCAAACCGAGCUCCGCCAGUACCUAGAGGGGAACGGAAACGGCAACAGCAGCAACAAGAAGGAGGGCUCAGCAGUAGCAGGAGGAGGAGCAUCCAAUGUUAAUACCCAUCAAAUACAGCUCAAGAAGCAGUAUGUAAAGAUCGAAUCGGUGAAGCGUAACUAUAGGCCCUACUACCAUUUGAUAAAGCAGCCCGACGAUUGGCCAAAAAUCGAUUUAAGCAGCGACGACGGUGCCUUCCGUUUGCUAACAAAAGUCAAAUCGAAAGAGCAGCAACAGAUUAUGACGCGCAAGUCGCUCGGCUCGCGUACAUCCCAGAGAGAUAAACCAAAGGAGGAGCAACAGACUGUCCAACAUCCGGCACUCAAGCAGCUCAAGAAACAGGCAACGGCCAUACCCAACAGUCCGCGCUCACACUGCCGUGGCGAGCCCAAGGAGUCCAGCGAAAAGCAGGGUGGCGUGUGUGAGAUCUGCAAGCUAGAGUACGAUAUCCUCGCCAUUCACCUGAAGAGCAAGGAUCACGAGUUUUUUGCAAAGAACUCGGACAACUUUCUGGCCCUGGACACGCUCAUACAGUCGUCGGCGAAUGUGAAUCGGUUUCUGGAGCAGGAGCCAGACGAAGAGAGCGAAAUCGAUAUGGAUGUGGAUGAGCAGCAACAGCAAUUGAGUGCUUCCACGGCGAACGAAGAUGCUGGAACCCAACGACAGUCGCAGCAGCCCCAACCCAGUCCCAACAGCAGGCAACGUCCGUCACCAGCGCUAAGAGAGAAAUCCAAGAGAAUAACCAAGGGAAAGCAUUCAUCGGAGAAGUUCCAGGCAUCACCCCCAGGCGGCUCACCGAUGACGCCAUCUCCGACUGCCAAGAAAAGCGGCGGCAACACCUCGCAGGGCAGUCUCACGGAGCUGCAGCGUCAAGAGCAGCCCAACAUGGCAGCGGCCACGCCGACGACCCACAACACAACGCGGCGGAAAACGCAACAGAAUUCUGGUCUAUCGCCACCCAUCAGAGCCAUGCUGCCACCCUCCUCGCUCUACAAGGUCGUAGAGACCCGAGAUGAGUGCGGCGCCACUCCACCAAGACGCAGCGGCAUCGGCGGCCGACAAGCGACCAACAAUGUGGACUCGCCCUCGCUGAUUGUCAAGUUUCAGAAGGUGCGACAGUCUGAGCUGCAACGGCUAAAUGGAGAGGCCGAGAAUUUUAUGUUCCCCCGCACAGCAUCAACAACAACGACGACGAGGAGCAGCAGCGAACUGCUGACGGAUGUGGAUCGCCAGACCACAUCAGAUGUGAGGGGCAGGCACAGUAUCUCCUCAGCCAGCCUAGACACAAGCACCAGCGAGGCUGAAACACAGCAACAUCACCCGCAGCCUCAGACGGAGGGCAAUAUGCUGCGUAAGCGUGCCCAGGCCGUGGGCAGGCGAAGGAGACCAGCCGCGGCAGCCGAGCAGCAGCUACUGCUGCAACGUCAGCUAUCCACGGGGAGCAGCAGUAGCAACAGCCAACAGCGCUUUCCGAGCGCCCCCAUCCAGCCAGACGACGACGAACCAACGACGGCGGCGGAGCCAGAGCUGAAGGUUAAACUAAAGCAAACGCCGGCCACCAGGAAGAGCAGUCGCACUGCCACCGCCAUUGUAACGGCGGCAACGACUAGCAGUCAGCAACAGCAGCUGCAGUUGCGGAAGACGAGAGGAGGCGGAGUCAAACUGGAGGAUAGGAUGGGGGAAGCAACAAAAGCCAAGAUCAAAAUCAAACAAGAACCUAUCGAACCCGAAGAAGACGUCGAGGAGGAAGACCUCGAUCUCGACGAUGAUGCUGAAGAGGAGGAGGAAUUCUCUUGCUCUUCGGGCAGCGAUGAAGACUAUGUGGCAGACAGAAGACGACGUCGUCAGCUGGAGCCCCAACCAGCAGCAGCAGUUGUGGCGGUGGAAACAACAGCAACGCCUAUAACGCGUUCCGAUACCCGAGAGCAGCGUGCGGAACGACGACGCUCGCGAUUGACCAUAAAUCGAAGUGCCGCAGAGACUGAGCUACUUCACACGGAGGUCAAAGAAAGAAAGUCACGUGGCAAGAGCCAAAAACCACCUGCAACACCAAAGUCCAAAGGGAAGCCGAAGAAGGGUCAGAAGGGGGCGCAGCAGCCACCAGCCAUGGAUUUGUUUUUCGAUUGCAGCAAGAGCGAGCUGCUGCGAAAGAUGCAAUACACAUUCGAGUCCCUGCCGAAUGGUGAGCUGUGGAAUCGUGUAUUCAUGCGGCAGGAUGCGGGCGAGGAGAACUACUACACAUACUACGGUUCCACGAGAUAUCGCAAGCUGCCCUACGAGAUGGGUCCCAUACCCAUGGCCAGGACGCUGCCGGCACACAGUUGUGCUCUGUGUCGGGCCGAGCAGGCACAGAAGCAGGAGGAGGAGCUGCCCCAGAAGACGGAGAGACCAGUAAAAAAGGAAGAGGAGACGGAGGUGCAACCGGGAACGGCAUCAUCCUCAUCGUCAUCGUCCAUGUACAAGCACAAGAAGAUGCAUCUGCUGCAGCGGUACCAGCAGGAGCAGCAGCAGCUGCAACAGCAACACGAGACACAACUAAGCACUGCCAUAGCCAUAGCCAAAUGUGAUAGCAAGGCCAGCACUCCGGAGCUUCUCGAGCGUGAAUUUGCCAUCGAUCGUGUUCAGCUGAUUGAACGUGUGAGGAGCACAUCCAGCUCCAGCUCAGGCAUGACGUGUCGCAACAAGCAGCUGGCACGAUUGGCCGAGCUGCCGCCAAGGAAGUCACCGCGUGAACAUGCCUCCACCCUGGCUCUGGUCAGCUGCAUCAUACGUCAGCGUCAGGAUUCGCAGAGUAAAACCAACUCGGAAGCAGAGCCGGAACCACCGCCUCCGGUUAUAGUUCCUCCCAAACUGAAGACACCUCUGAAGCAGGAGCCAGCACCCGCCUCGCCGAGAAACACACGCUCCCAGGCAGCCACACCUGUGGAGGAGCUGCGUUUUGCCACCGAAAUCAGUGAGACUGUGAAACGGAUGCGGCGUGGACAGAACAAAUACGAUCAUUCCCCACCUGCCCCAGCACCAGUUGCAGUUGCGCCCGAACCGCCUGCAGCCGCAACUGAAUCGCCUGGCAGGAGUCGUCGUCUGCCGCAAGUGGCCAAUGCCAGUCUCAGUCACAGCUAUGCCCGCCGUUUGCAGUUCUCCGCGCGACAUGAACCGUGCUCCGCCAGCGUACUUCUGGGCAAGCGAAAAAGGAAAAACCAUCCAGCCGUGCGUCCAGCACAGCAGCAGCCGCCUGGAAUGAUGCGCGGUGUGCGCAAGCUGCCCUGCAAGAAGGGUCUGCUCGAAUACGAGAUGGAGCCGUGUGCCUUCAAGGCUCUGGAUAAGGCCAUGCAGCAUGAAAAUGCUGGUCUGGCUGCCUGGCAGCUGGACAAGUAUCUGGAGUUGGCUGGAAAAGAGUUUGACCUGGAUAUAGAGGACUCGGAGGACACUCAGGAUGAACUACCGGCAGCAGCAGAGCGGAUGCAGCACACGCCACCACCAACAGAUUGCUAUUUCACGAGUGAAUUUGAUCUUUGUGAUCUGGUGAUGGGCAGCGCUGGCAGCGGCGAUGAUGAGGAGGAUGCCAGUCGAGGUUCCGGAGCAGGGAACCAGCUGUCGGGCACAAGUCGACGCUUGGGUAACAUGGGCAACCUAUACAAAACUUACUAUCGCAAGCGGAAGAGCCUUAAGUCGAAGACGAAUCGAACGGGUUGGCCCAAGACGCAGCACAGGAGGCGCGGCGGUGGUAAUGCCGGUGGUUGGGGUGCUCGAUCCAUGCCCGAUGAGAGGAUUAACUUCAAGAAGAUGGGCCUAGGGGAGAUGUCACCCAUCAAACAGGAGCCCAUGGAGACGGAGGAGGAGCAGACUACAACCACCACCACCACAACAACAGCCACAAUUGCGGAGAAGCUGCUUAGCAAAGAGGAUGAGGAUGAAGACGAGGAUGGGGAAGGGGAAGCCGGUGGAAGUGCUGCUGCCCGUGAGGAAGCUGUCAUGACACCCCCAGCCACAGAUGUCGACGAGCAGGGAGGAGAACAGCAGGCCGAAGCGGAAGCCGAUGAGAAUGAGAGUCUACCCGAUGAAGAUGAAACGAUGGCGGAUUCGGUGGAUGAGCAGCAGGACGAUGAGGCGGAAAUAGAGGCCACUGAUGCGGAUAUCGAAGAGGAGGAAGACGAAGAAGAUGAGGAGGAAGAAGAGGAUAUCUUUGAAGACGCCUUCGAGGAGCAGCAAGCCCCUCAUAAGGUGGAACCAAAGCUCACACUCGAUGAUGAUGACGAUGAUGAGCCACCCGAAAAACGAGCCCGCCUGCCCUCCAUCUCUGUAUCGACCCCACCCGAUGAUCCACAGUCGAUGAGUCCCGGCAAGAAGCUGUUGCUCACUCUCCACAAUGGCCAUCGACUGCAUCCGGCCACAUCCACACCGAGCACCGGGCAGCAGCAGCGACGCAGCACUCCACAGUUGAACGGAAGCCUGGGCAGCUGCAUCUCGCCUAGCGAAAAGCUGGGCGGCGACAAUUCGGACAUCUUUACCGUCUCUUCGGAUGGGCUGGACACGGAUCUCGACUUGAGCAACACACAGGCGGGGGACUCGCAUGAGCACUGUCCCCACCAGCAGCAGCAGACGACGCCCAAGAGGAAGUUUGACAUUUCAAAGUACGCGCCACCGAACAGUGGGAAGGCGGCCAGCAGUUGUGCCGCCGAAGCGGCAACAGCGGCUGUAAAAUCUUUAGCCAUCUCGCAGUUUCUUAAGAAGGAGACUUGCGUAAACUCAUCAAGUAUGAGGAGCGUCUGGCGGAGGGCCCAAAGGACGACCAUUUCAGCAGCCUGCAUAAACGGGGCACCGUCAGCUCGCGUGCCAAAUUAGGAGGAGAGA